AGUGGGGAGGAGCUGCACCUGCAGGCUGUGAGUGUUUGUUACCAGCAGAGGAUCAAUAAUAUCACCUAUAGCUGUUGAUUAACCCUUUAUAGACCAAAAUAACCUCAGGAAGCUCUGAGCUCAGGGGUGAUUGAUCAGACCCCCGUCAGAGAUCAAUAACGCCUCUGCCAUAGAUAACCUGGUUCUGAGGAUUGAUUGCUUCACACACCUGCAGCCUCUCAGAUGAUCUGAUGGAUAAGAUCAGUCGGUGUUCCUCCUUCAGGUCCAUCAUGGCGUCCAGUGUGUCCCCUUCAGGUAAAGAAGAAGUGAAGGUGAAGAGGAAGCGUGGGAAGGCGGAGCAGAUGGAGAUGGCAGACAUUGAAGAGUUAACGUCCUCUGGGCACAGAGCACUGCAUGAGGGACAUCCACAGGAGGCGCUGAGCUGCUUCAGAGAUGCCCUGAAGGCUGCAGCUCAGCUGCAGGACUCGCGGGUUCUCCGGGCCUGCUCCUUUAAUCUUGGGGCUGCCUACGUGGAGGCCGGACGACCUCAGAAAGCUGACUUCCUGCGGCAAGCUCAGCCAGGUCCAAAGGCUGACCGCCUCCCAGACCUCCAAUUCAACCUGGCCCUGGCCCAUAAUGCUCUGGGGCAGAGCAGAGAGGCCGCCAUCUAUUUCCUGCGAGCUGCCCAGUUGUACAGGUCACAGGGAGAUGGCGGCAGUGAGGGGGACGCCUGCAUGGAGAUGAGCCGCUGUUACAGCAGGUCACAGGACUGGAUGCUGGCGGCUCAGGGUUUUCAGCGGGCUGCAGAGAGUUACCGAGUGGUGAACAUGUUGGACUGUGCAGCCACCGCCCUGAAAGAAGCAGGAAGUCACAUGAUCCAAUCAGAUCAGUGCACUCAGGAUGACAUCACCGGCGUGCUGUCAGAGUGUCUGAGUUUGAUGGACAGCAUUACUGACCCGAGAACUCUGGGUGAGUUGUACCUGUCGGUGGGCGUGUCUUACUGCCAGCUCAGGUGUUUCCAGGAGGCGGCGCAAUGUUUCCAGAAGGCUCUGGCCCCCGCAGCUCAGUGGCCCCCACUGCUGGCCAAAGUGUUGCACAACUUGGGAGCGGCGUUGAACUCUGUGGGCCAUUUCAGACCUGCUGUGGCCUACCACAGGCUGGCCGUUGGACUUUACGGAUCUCUAGGUUGCCGUGGCGACCAGGCUCGAUGUUUCAGUAACCUGGCGUUUGCCUGCAGUCGGCUGGGUGAUGAAGAGGAGGCGGCAGAGAGCCUCAUCCUCGCGCUACAGGGAUUCAGAGACACUGAGGACUACCUGGCACAGGUUCAGGUGUGCGGGGCCCUGGCAGAGUGUUACCUGAGGCAGGGGAAGCAACACAAAGCAGUUCAGCUCUACAAACAGGCUCUGAGCGCGCUCUCUCACUGCCAGGACAGCGGCGGCGUUCAGGACCGACUGGUGGAGCGGCUGACCGCAGCGCUGCAGCAGACUCUGACUGUCAGUCCACAGAGGCCUCACCCACCAAGACUACACCCCUUCACGCCCCACCCACACAGUACACCUGUUGGACGGCAUGUCAGGAAGUGUGACAUCACAAAGAGCCCAGGCACAGCAGCUAAUCACCAACCAGUUCAAAUGGCAAAUGUCCCAGGAUCUGAGCAGGAGGCCACAGGUAGGCAGGAAGCAGCAGGGGGCGGAGCCUCUGAAGCAGUUGGAUAUAGGAGCAUGGCACCUGGGCUGCACAGUUCAGACCGGUCAGACGAGCCACAGCACAGUGAGCUGGGGUUGGACAGAGCGAACCCUCAUGCUGACAGCGACACCUCACUGACUCAAGACGCAGAGGCUCCGCCCACCAUCUCAGGUGACACCAGAGAGAAGUCCUCCCUCGUCUCCAGGUGGAGGUCUCAGUUUUGUUUGCUGAUGUAGAUCAGCACUGUCUCCUGAUUGGACAGUUGGUAAUCAGUGAGGACAGUAUUCCUGUCAGCACUUUCUGCUGUGGGUCAUAUUGUCUCUGAAGUCAUUACAGCAUCAUUCUGCUGAUACAGCAUCUGGACGCAGCAGCUGGAUGCAGAGGCUGCGUUACUGCAGCCUGAAGCCACUUCCUGCUGUUACUGAGACUCAGAAUCAGAUCUAAUCUAUCACAGUCUGCUCCUUCUACUGUCUAAAUGAUGUGCAGACACUUCAGGAUGUGAUCCAACUCACACAGGCAGAUAAAAAGACUUUCCUAAGGAAUUAAAAACAUAAAACAAUGAAAUAAAAUCUGUAAAAUUUAAAAAAUGAUUAAUU